AUGCAUCUGCCCCGAGCAUGGGAGACCGUCACCGCGGCCGCCACCCUGGGCGUCGUCCUGGGCGCUGGUGCCGCUGCCACGCCUCGUGCUGCGAACCGACUCCAGUGCCGUGCGACCCUCGAGCAGUUCAUCGAGACCCAGAGCGAGGUGGCCAUUGACGGCGUCCUGGCCAACAUUGGCCCGGAUGGCGCCGAGGCCCAGGGUGCCGCCGCGGGUGCCGUCGUGGCCAGCCCAUCUCUCGUCGACCCUGACUACGUCUACACCUGGACCCGCGAUGCCGCCCUCACCUACAAGGCCCUCGUCGAGCGCUUCAUCGCCGGCGACUCGUCCCUGCAGUCCAAGAUUGACGACUACGUCUCGGCCCAGGCCAUCCUCCAGGGCGUCACCAACCCAUCGGGCGGCCCAGACUCGGGCGGCCUGGGUGAGCCCAAGUUCAACAUCGACCUGACGGCCUUUACCGGCUCCUGGGGUCGUCCCCAGCGCGAUGGGCCCCCCCUCCGCGCCACCGCCCUCAUCCUCUACGCCGACUGGCUCGUCGACAAUGGCGAGGCGAGCAAGGCGGCCGACACGGUCUGGCCCGUCAUCGCCAAGGACCUCGACUACACCGUCCGCUACUGGAACGAGACGGGCUACGACCUCUGGGAGGAGGUCAGCGGCUCCUCCUUCUUCACCCUGUCCGCGUCCCAUCGCGCCCUGGUCGAGGGCGCCGCGCUCGCCUCGACCCUGGACAAGCAGUGCCCCGGCUGCGCCGAGUGGGCUCCCGCCAUCCUCUGCUUCGUGCAGGACUUUUGGGUCCCCGAGGGCGACAGUGGCUACAUUGACUCCAACAUCAACGUCCGCGACGGCCGCACCGGCAAGGACGCCAACUCCAUCCUGUCCUCCAUCCACACCUUUGACCCGGCCUCGGACUGCACCGACUCGACCUUUCAGCCCUGCUCCUCCCGCGCCCUCGCCAACCACAAGGCCGUCGUCGACUCCUUCCGCACCGAGUACACCCUCAACGCCGGCAUCAGCCAGCGCGACGCCGUCGCUGUCGGUCGCUACGCAGAGGACGUCUACUACGACGGCAACCCGUGGUACCUGACCACCCUCGCCGCCGCCGAGCAGCUCUACGCCGCCCUCUACCAGUGGAACCAGACGGGCUCCAUCACCGUAGAUGACGUCUCCCUCCCCUUCUUCACCGACCGCGUCCCCGACGUCGCCAAGGGUACCUACGCCAGUGACUCGGCCACCUUCACCUCCAUCGUCGACGCCGUGCACGCCUACGCUGACGGCUUCGUCUCCGUCGUGCAGACCUACACCCCGGCCGACGGCGCCCUGGCGGAGCAGUAUGACCGCAACGACGGCACCCCCCUCUCCGCCCGCGACCUGACCUGGUCCUACGCCGCCUUCCUGACGGCCACGGAGCGUCGCGAGGGCAUCGUGCCCCCCGGCUGGGGCGAGACCGGCGCCAACACGGUCCCGGACGUGUGCGAGGCCCCGGCUCCCUGCGACGCGACCAUCACCUUCAACGCCCGCGUCACCACCACCCUGGGCGAGGAUGUCUUUGUCGUCGGCGCGCUGACGGAGCUGGGUAACUGGGCGCCCGCUGACGCUGUGCCCCUGAGCGCGGAUGGGUACACGAGCAGCGAUCCCCUCUGGUCUGUCACCAUCGACUUGCCGGCCGCUCGGUCGUUUGCGUACAAGUACAUCAAGAAGACGUCGGGCGGCGAGGUGGUCUGGGAGAGUGACCCCAACAGGGGAUUCACCACCCCUACCGAGUGCGAUAGCGCCGACACCAUCAACGAUACUUGGCGAUGA